AUGUCCACCCAUCCAUCCAGCCUCACGUCAAGUGCCACCAGGCUUUUCGAUAAUGUGCAAGAUGGUGGUCCUUCCUCCAAUACCCACUGUCUCCAUCCUGAUCCCUCCCUGCAUUGCCGCUGCAGUGCUUUUGCACCACCCUGGGGAUCACGUCCACAUGCACUUCUUGUUCGCCUUACCCAAUGCUUCCAUCAUUUCCAAUCAAACGCCCAUGAAGAUAUUAAACUCCAGCAACACACAGGACCUGGUACUUUCUCUUGCUCCAGUCCUCCUAUUGUCGAUGUUCCUGCACUAGAUGACAAGAAGGCACUGUAUAUUGCUUGGCAGCCGGAACGAGCUAGCGACAAAGCAAAACGCGUUGACAACUCAAAAUGGUGGGCUCAUGUCAUGCUGUUCCUCUGCUGUGUGUCUCCGUCCAAUGACGACGGUCACUGA